GUGCCAUUCCCAGGUUCUUUUUGAGGCUCCCGUGGAAGAACAGCACUAUUUUAAAAUGAUACUUCUUUUCCUUUUAUUUCUUUUCGUUCCUAGGCGGCAACGGUGAAAGGCAUCUUGACAUUUCUAAAAAGUUGUUUUGUUUAAAUUACAGAGUCUCCAUGGCAACUGCAUCAUCCCAGGUCCUAAUUCCUGAAAUCAACCUCAAUGACACAUUUGACACCUUUGCCUUAGAUUUUUCCCGAGAGAAGAAAUUGCUAGAAUGUCUGGAUUACCUUACAGCUCCCAACCCUCCCACGAUUAGAGAGGAGCUCUGCACCGCUUCCUAUGACACCAUCACCGUUCAUUGGACCUCUGAUGAUGAGUUCAGUGUGGUUUCCUAUGAGCUCCAGUACACCAUAUUCACCGGACAAGCCAACGUUGUUAGUCUGUGUAACUCUGCCGACAGCUGGAUGAUCGUGCCCAACAUCAAGCAGAACCACUACACGGUCCAUGGUCUGCAGAGUGGCACCAAGUACAUCUUCAUCGUCAAGGCCAUCAACCAGGCAGGCAGCCGCAGCAGCGAGCCUGGGAAGUUGAAGACAAACAGCCAGCCAUUUAAACUGGACCCCAAGUCUGCACAUCGAAAGCUGAAGGUGUCCCACGAUAACUUGACAGUAGAACGUGAUGAGUCAUCCUCCAAAAAGAGCCACACGCCCGAACGCUUCACCAGCCAAGGGAGCUAUGGCGUAGCUGGAAAUGUGUUCAUUGAUAGCGGUCGGCAUUACUGGGAAGUGGUCAUAAGUGGGAGCACAUGGUAUGCCAUCGGCCUUGCUUACAAAUCAGCCCCGAAGCAUGAGUGGAUUGGGAAGAACUCUGCUUCCUGGGCCCUGUGCCGCUGCCACAAUAACUGGGUGGUGAGACACAACAGCAAGGAAACCCCCAUCGAGCCGGCCCCCCACCUCCGGCGCGUCGGCAUCCUGCUGGACUAUGACAAUGGUUCCGUCGCCUUCUACGAUGCUUUGAACUCCAUCCACCUCUACACCUUCGACAUCACCUUCUCGCAGCCUGUGUGCCCCACCUUCACAGUGUGGAACAAGUGCUUGACCAUUAUAACUGGCCUUCCCAUCCCAGACCAUCUGGACUGCACAGAGCAGGUGCCAUGAGCAGCUGGCCACAUGGAGCUGCUUUCUGGGGCAUAAAAGGGUCGCGGCCACCAUUUCAGGGACGGAGAAAGCACAGGCUUCCAGAGUGUGAUUAAAUGUCGCCAAAAAGUGUCCAGAAACAUCGGCUAGGAUAGGACUCAACAUUACUGUCUUUUGUAUUAAGUACACGCUUUAAUAAUUUCUUCAAAUUUGUCCUGUGUUUGCAGGAAAUUUUAUAGAUUAUUUAUAAAAGAAACAUAACCAGAAUUACAACUCUUAGACAUUAUCUGGUUUUGCACAUUAAGAGGCCCAGAAGUUUACCAGCUCUUUACAACAACCUUUGUGUCAUCACGCUCUGUGGGCUUGAGAAAAAAAAAUCUUCUGUAGUUUUGUACGCUUAUUCAGCUUCUCACAUCGUCGUAUCUCAUACUGACCCCAUCUUGGGUCCUGUCGCCUCGACAGUGCAUAACAGAAUAUGCAGUUACCUUAAAAAUAAAAAAUAGUUUUGAACCUAGUAGGGCAGCAACCGGGCUUUCUUAGUCUACUUUAUUUUGAAGUGUUUUCAGUGUGAUGUCAAAACCGUCUUGGAUCAACUAGAAUGGAGAGCAAGAGGGAGAGCGGAAAGAAUUGACUUUAAGAAUUGACGUUAAGAAUGAGCUUGCCAUUGAAAAUAGUCACUUUGAAUCCUACUGAUUAUUCAGAACGUCAGAGGCUGGUUUGUCUUUGAUCGGAAGUAGGGUUCUGUUUCAUGACCUAAAUCUAUUUCCUUCUUCCUUUUAAUAGUUUCUUCAGGCCUGUGACAUUGCUUUGCUACAUUUGAUAGCUGUCCUGUCUCCCUCUCCCCCAACUCAUUUUUCUUUUGUUGCUGGGGCUGAGGAAGUAAACAUUUUGUGUUACAAAUGGCAGUACCACUUUGGAUUGACUUUGCUCUCCAGGACAUCAACACAUGGCCCUGACUGUCUCUAUCACGUCCAAAUAGGACUCACCCAAAAACACUUAAUAUUUGUGAGUUGGUAAUGACAAGGGACAUUGCAUACUCUUUACUAGUAUACGUGCCUCGAAAGUUAUAAACAGACUUUUAUUAAACACGUCUCGAAAGAUGUAGCGGUCCCUCUGUAUUCUAGUAUAGUUCACUAUAGAGUUGUAAAAAAACAAAAAAACAAAAACAAAAAAAGAACAAAACAAAACAAAAAAACCCCAAAAAAAUCAAACUCACUAAUCCCGUGCUGGAACCCGCUAAUAGAACCUGCUGAUGGAAUGUCGGGUGGGAUUCUGGACCUGCUGAUCUGGUAAGAUGGAAUGGUCCAUGAAGUAAGGCUUUCUUAAGCAGUCCUUGGAUUUGGACCGGGAAUCCAGCAUUGGUUCUAUCUUGACAAAGGGCAUGACAUCUGUAAGUCAUUUCGUUUGCUAAAAUAUUUAUCUGAGCUACUGGGUUGGCCAUUUUGACUGAACAGACUGAUGGAUUUAGGCAUUGUUUUUAGCAAUUGGUUUUUAACCAGAUCAACCCAUUGUCUCCCUGAGAUCCGUCCAUAGACCCGCUGUUCCAGCAUCGUGCUGUAUGAGCAUCAGCCUGGACUCCAUGGGUUGCGUCAUGCAUGCUUCUGUCCUCUUCACUGGCAGACGCUCUCCUUUUUCUGAACAGAUAGAGUUUAUAUAUUUACUAUAUUAUUUAUACCCAGAUGAAUAUUUUGAUAGCUACUUAGGACAAUUUCACAUCUAAAAGAUGGACACCUCAAUGGAAAAAAAUUAAUCAGUCUCUGGAAACUUAAUGUUUGUUUGUUUUUUUUACAGUAUAAAAACAAUGUGUAUUUGCCUUCCCUGAACAAACUGAAAGGGUUGUAAUUUUUACAUACUGUUUUUGGUAGCUGGAUAACGGAUAUUUUAAUGCACUUUGUACAGUAACAGUUUUGAAUAAAAGGGUCUAAAACUCAGCUUCUGAGUUUUUAAAAUCAUGGUCGCCAGGUACCAGUAAACGCUACAGUUUGCCUUAUGACAUCCAUGUAAAGCAUUUACGAGGACAAUAUUUCCAUGAAUAUAAUGUUUUUCAAUAUAAAGAAGCUACUACUCAAAUUUUCACUGCAAGCCAUUUAGUUUAUGUUUUGGCUAUUUUUAUAAGGACGAGAGGGAUUAUGUUAUAAUUUAGUUGUGGAAGUCUCACUCUUUGCUAACUUAAAAACCUUGUGGAUAGUAGCAGUUACUAUUUCCAUGUUGUCCUAUUUACAGGAAAAUAUGUAUAUGGUGAAAGGCCACAGUGUUUACUUUCAUUACUGUAAUGAUGUAGAAAAGAUUUCCGUGUGGGUUUUUUUUUUUUUUUGAAAGUCUAAAAAAUAUAUGCUAUAAACAUUUGCUGCAGUACCAUUCUUUUUAAGUGGACUGGGGUCACAGUAUUUUGUUCUCGAGGUCCCUACUUCACAGGAAGCAUUGCGACACAGGGGAGAAAGAGAUGGCAGGGCCGGUUACAUUAAUACAGCCAAAUUGAUGCGGCGCCAACCACGGCUGCCAGGUCUGACGUCGUGCGUGUGUGAAGAGGUGCUGUCGCCAUCUUGAAAUUCUUAGUAAUGUUUGAAGAGGGGGCCUGCAUCUUCGUUUUGCGCUGGGCCUCAAGAAGUCUAUAGCCAGUCCUCGUAACAGAACUCAGAAACAUGGUACCUCUCUUCCUGGUGGAUACAAAUGAAAAAACCUGGGUCCAAUGUCAAAAGCGGCUGGCCAUGUAAUUCAAGUAGGAAUCCAAAUGGAUUAAGAGGAGAAUGGGCGUGGGUGAAGAUGUUCUUCCCAGCUUGAAAAAAAAAAAAAAAAAAA